CUCUCUCUCUCGCAGUCUCAGCGGACAAUGGCGGGAAAGCAACUCGCCGGCGACAGUCUACCUGCGGAUUUCGCCGGCAUGUCGAAGAACCAGCUUUACACCAUCAUGUCUCAAAUGAAGAAUCUUAUAGAGCAGAACCAGCAGCAAGCCAGGCAGAUCCUCAUUCAGAACCCGCUUCUCACCAAAGCUCUUUUCCAGGCACAGAUUAUGCUUGGAAUGGUGCGCCCACCUCAAGUGAUUCCCAGCAUUCAGCCAUCAGCAUCACAGCAUUCCCAGCAGUCUACACAACCAACUCAGCAAUCAAACAUUCAGUCUGCUUCCGUGUCGCUGGGUCAAGUUGGUUUGCAGGACCAAACAGGGCCAUCUCAGAUCCAAGCUCCUCUGAGAAAGCAAUAUCAAAACCAAUCUACAAUGCCUAGCUCAUCAGCUGCUGUUCCAUCAAUAAAUCUUCAGUCUCAGCCUAUGCCUUCACACCCUCUGCAGACCCCACAGCAGCCUAAGGGACAUCUGAGUCAUCAAAUGACCCCGACAUCGCUUCCACAGUCCUCUCAACUUCCAAAUAUACCCUCACAUCCUCUUCAUUCUUCUUCACAGCCACCUUCGCUUCAUCAAACCCAAAUGCCUACUGCUUCCGGCCAGUUGCAACAGUCAUUACAGACAUCAGGAGUUCUGCAUAUGCCAAUGCAACCACCGUUGCCACCACAACCAAGACCACCUUCAAUGCCUAACUUCCAUCACCAGUAUCCGCAACAAAUGGGGCCAAACAUGGGUUACCAACAUGCUAAUUCUCAACAUCUUCCACAAUCCAUGUUUCAUUCAGGUACAAAACCCCCUGUUAGUGCUGGGCCAUCAUUUCCCCAGGGACAGCCACCACUUCCAAGUCAACCACCACCUCAAUCUUUGUAUCAGGGUGGAGGUAUGCAUUUAGGUUCAGAGUUCAACAAUCAAGCUGGAUCUUCCAUGCAAGUGGACAGAGGAUCAUGGAUGUCUGGCCCCUCGGAGAGUUCAAGUUCAGGACCGCCACAAUUGGUUCCUGGUCAAAUGGGCCCUGGAAGCCAGUCGACUCGCCCCCCACCUUUGACCCCUGAUAUGGAGAAGGCACUGCUUCAACAGGUCAUGAGCCUCACACCAGAUCAAAUUAACCUCCUGCCUCCAGAGCAAAGGAAUCAAGUGCUACAGCUACAGCAGAUAUUGCGCCAAUAAACUUGUGUGAAUUUUUGAAAAUUUUCAUACGGAAGUUGGACGGACAGCUUUAAACUUUUUCUUUUUCUUUUUCUCAGAGAUACGAUGGGCUAUUUAGUAAUCGAAGUUAUGUCACAUAAAUUUGUUACUUAUCAAUGAGUUUUUAAUUGAUUGUAUGCGUCGGAGGUUGAUGCAGAGUGUCUUGUAACGCGAAGGUGUUGUAAUUGUAUCUUUGGAAAUAUGCUGCCAAUUACUUGGCGAAGUUUUCUUGUUAGAAUGUAAGACUUGAAUUUCCUUCAUCUA